AUGUUUUACCUGGCUGCGGCCAUGCCAGGUUUCUAUGUUCCUGUCUCUAAAACGCCUGAACACAAGAUCCGGUGAUCUGGGUGCCCACUGCAAAUAAGUAAGAUGGUGCCCAAAAUGCUUUCUCCUUUGGUUGAAGACUGGGCUCCCAAAGCCUUUAUAAUUUCCUUUAAGUUGAAAAGAGACCCCUCCAUUGUAAUUGGUCGUGCACGGACGGCUUCGGAAGUUUAUCGACAUCAAGUGGUUGUGGCCAAUAUCCCUGAGUCACGACGUUCCUUUGUGGUUACUGUGAUCAAAGACUCAGAAACCAAGUUAUUGCUAUCAGAGGCAGAAGUAGAAAAAGGCAUAGAGAUAGAAGAAAAGAGAGUGGAUAAUCUUCAGUCUCGACACACAGCUUUUAUAUGUGGCAAAAACUGA